GGAGGGUGACAUUUAUUGCAUUCUUUCUUGUUUCUUUGCACUGACUCUAAGGUAUUGGGUUCUGAGAACUGAGGCUCCAAGGAAUGUUGCCAGGGACUUACUUUAUUUCAUGUAUGACCUGAAUGGAUGCUGUUUAUCUAAUUCUGUGAAGAGCAGACAUGAACUUGUAUGCAAGAAGGGUAACUUUGCCAGCGAUUACUCCAAUAGUUCUUCAAAAAAGGGUAAUUAAAGUAUACAGUGAGAAUGACACUAGCAGAGCUUUGGAAGUGCCAAGUGAUGUAACAGCCAGAGAUGUAUGCCAGCUGUUAAUACUGAAGAAUCAUUACAUAGAUGACCACAGCUGGACACUGUUUGAACACCUUCCUCGCAUAGGUCUAGAAAGAAUGAUAGAAGACCACGAAUUGGUAAUUGAAGUUCAGUCAAACUGGGGAAUCGAAGAAGAAAAUAGACUGUAUUUUAGAAAAAACUAUGCCAAAUAUGAGUUUUUUAAACACCCAAUGAAUUAUUUUCCAGAGCAUAUGGUGUCGUUGUCAAGCGAGAUCAGUGGAAUGAUAGGCCACACGCAGAUAUUACAGAUGUUCCUAAGUUCCAGCACAUAUCCUGAAAUUCAUGGUUAUUUGCAUGCAAAGGAGCAGGGGAAGAAAUCAUCAUGGAAAAAAUUAUACUCUUUGAGAAGAUCUGGCCUAUAUUUUUCCACUAAGGGACAUCAAAGGAACAGCAGCUCCCUCCAAAACAACAAUUCCUCCACCCAGCCUCUUCACAAGGAAAUGCUGGAUGAUGAGAUAAUCAUCACAUUAUGCAGUCAAGAACCAAGACAUCUGCAGUUUUUCAGUGAAUUCAGCAGUAGUGAUAUGUAUAUGUCUUUGGCAGGCAAAAAGACGUCUGGAACACCAACAAACUAUGGAUUCUGCUCUAAGCCUAACAAAGCAGGAGGAGUCAGAGACCUGAAGCAGCUUUGUGCAGAUGAUGAACAGAGUAGGACCUGCUGGAUGACAGCAAUUAGAUUACUUAAGUAUGGAAUGCAGCUGUAUCAGAAUUACAUGCAACCAUAUCAAGGUAGAGGUAGCUGCAGUUCUCUGACUAUAUCACCUAUGAAGCAUUCAGAAAAUUCCUUGGUAGCAAUGGACUUCUGACAUAGAAGCAGAGUUAUUGAAAAUCCAACAGAAGCUUCAGUUGCAGUUGAAGAAGGGUUAGCAUGGCGAGAAAAAGGGUGUUUACGACUCAACACACAUGGAAGUCCUACCACUUCUCAAAGUGCCACAUCCAGUGUAGCUAUACAUAGAACACAAUUGUGGUUUCACCAUAAAAUCGCUAGGGAUGAAGCUCAACGACUUAUUUUACAGCAAGGACUCGUAGAUGGGGUUUUCUUGGUACGGGAUAGCCAAAGUAACCCCAAAACGUUUGUAUUGUCAAUGAGCCAUGGACAAAAAAUAAAGCACUUUCAAAUUGUACCACUAGAAGAUGAUGGAAAGCUGUUCUAUACACUGGAUGAUGGUCACACCAGAUUUACUGAUCUCAUCCAGCUUGUGGAGUUCUACCUGCUCAAUAAAGGAGUAUUACCUUGCAAGUUAAAACACUAUUGUGCCCGAAUUGCUCUUUAACCAAAACAAGUCAGUUCACCAAACAGAAAAAAAGGAGAUGCUAGAACUCUUUUUUCUAAGGCAAUUUCCUAGGGGGAAAAGUCAUUUAUAUUGAAAUGGUUGUGAAUUUCAGAUACAAAGAAAAGUUUAUAUGCUCUAUACUGAAAGUACUUUGCAUUGUAAUUGUCACUGCAAAAAUGAACUUCAGAAAAAAAUAUUUCAUGUGAAAUUAUGUAAUGUUGCAGCACUGGAAUCUUUUUCAAAUGCAAACAGAUAUUUUUAAUAUUAUGCAACUUUAUUUACCAAAAUAAAAUUGGAGGGUGCCUCCUUGUUAGUAAUAGAUGACUAAUAAAUGAGCUAAUUGCAUUCAGAAAUACUCUACACUGUGCAAUAGAAAUUGUAUGUGUGGAGUAUAACAUGAACUUUGGGUGGAAAAACUCUAGAAGUUGGAUUGUACUUAAUUUGUAAAUAAAACUAUUUUGCGCUAUAUUUUUAAAUGCUAUUUUGUGGUGUCUUGCAUUCAAAAGUGAAAAUAUUCUGAAUUAACCAAUUAAAAUUACUUCUAAUGUCUUGACUAAUUCUGGAUCAGUUGUGUUAUGAAUUGUACUAUUGCUGCUGUAAUAGUACUCUUUAUAGGUUUUCUCCUUUAAGUAGUGACUUGAACCACAUUUUAUUAUACAGAUUUGGAGAUGAUGUGCAUUUGAGCAUGCAUAUAUGUAUUUUGUAGUGCACAUAAUGUGCAUGUGUAUAUAUGCAAUCUUUUGUUUAUCCAUGGGCACUUAAAAGGGCCCUGAUUUUAGGGUUAUAUUUUGGAAGUAAGGGUAUGUGGAAUGUUACUCCUUCCCAGGUUAAGUGUUAAACUGGAUUGUGGUUGUCUCUGUGUUCAUAUUU